AUUUAUAAUUGUGGAAAUUUCUUCUGUGUAGUGAUUCCGCAUGUAGUACUUGAUUUCUUAUAUUUUAGUUUGUAAUUUCCAGCAAUAGUCAUUAAAUGCUAUCAACAUUUUCUUAACUGAUACUGCAUUAUGAAGAAUAUCUAUUACGUUUCAUGUACGAUUUUAUCACAGUAUUCAUAUAUCUAUUUUAGAGAGCCCGUGAGAUGAAACAGUGUCCGAAUGUGGAGGUUGAUAGAGAUGAUAUGGAUAAUUCUGUCAAAUUAAAUCGACAUCACAGUACUGGUUCUGUGCAUUCACUAAACAAUCAAAACCCAGCUUCAAAGGUGAAUGCAACGAUUCCAGUGUCUACAUCUCCUACUCAAACAUGUUUGACUCCAUACCUUUCUGAUGAACCGAAACUCAUUCAUACAAGUGGAUCUAUCCAGUCCAUAAUGGAACAACCAUCGAGUCAAACAAAUUCUGUUCCACCAAGCAAUAAUUUACGACUGUCCGAACCAGAAGCAUCCAUAGAUGAUGCUGUUAUUAAUCAGGCAUUAAAUGCUGUCACCUAUCCUAGUCGACAAAGCCCAUAUCAUCUAGAUAUUGGACGUCUCGUCAGAGCUGUCGCUUUAGGUUCACCGUUCGCACCCCCUUUGUGCCGUAGUCUUAUAAGUACGGCAGUUAUACGUGGGUCUCGUGAUGAUGGUCAGGCAUCCAGCAGUGUUCCUGAUUUUAAACGACUAAUGGAAGACAUGAACGUGGCACCGCGAACUUUAACUCCUGGAAGUUCUAAGGACUUUCUGGUUCCGAGUGCACCAUGUGUACCUGAAGUUUAUCCACUGGAAACAUUACAUAACGCUUUAACUUUAAGUCAAUUGGAAGCUUUUUUUGUUCGUUUAACCACUCACAAAUUUCCAACUCCGUUCACGUCACCUCAGCAUCCAUCGACUCCUGUCAAUUAUUAUCAUCAACAUCGUCACCCAAUCAAUUCUGAUAUCACUGGUCAAUAUCAAGAUUCAAAUACAAGUUUGUUGACUGCAUUCCCAGUUACCAUUGGAGAUGAUAUUAUAGAUCAAAGUUGUGGUGCUGUUGGUGAAAUUUCACCUGAGCCAGAAGAAGGCGGGACGUCAUUACUGCAAUCCACUUCAGCUUUCCACUUAAUUACGUCAAAUGCUAAGUCAUCAUUAUCUCUAAUAGAAUCAGGACCACUGGAAAAUACUGAUAGUUGUUUUUUACCUCAGGAACCUAUGUCCGAUUGUCCGUCUACGGAUAGUUGA